CGAAGUCAUCACCAUCACAACACCAGAAGUCACCACCACCACAACACCCGAAGUCACCACAACACGUGAGGUCACCAUACCGACAAGAGCCCCCACCACCACUACAGACUACACCCCCUCCUCUGUACCACCGGGGUGGGUGGUGGAGUUUGAAGCAGAGACUGUGGGAGAGACGUGGGUAGGCUUGAGGUGGUCCGUCAGUGAAUCACGGGGAGACUUUCACAAGUUCUCCAUCCUUAUCAAUGAUGAUUUAGCAGAAGAUUCAAGGUGUAAUCAGCUGGUGUGCAGGCUGAACAUAACCUACCUGGACUCGUGCACACACCAGACAUUUACCUUGACACCAUAUUUCCUUACUGAUGAAGGCAAAGACAUACAAGGUUCCACACUGUUCACUGAUGCCACCACCCUCGGCACUGUUCCAGGAGCACCUAGAAACCCUUCCUCAGACUACACCACUGACACCAGCACCACCAUCUCCUGGGUUCAACCUGCCAAUGCUGCCUGCUUAGAUCAUUAUGAGGUGUGUUUCACUAUGUUUGGCUCAACUGUGGCAGAGUGUGUGACUGCCACCACCAACAGUUACACCAUGCAGGAUCUGGAGGCAUGCACAGUCUACCAUGUCACCAUCACCUCCAUCUCACUGUGGGGAGGAAGGAGUGACCAACUGAAAUUUGACACAAACACCAAUGAUGCAGCACCUGGAGCUCCAGAAAAUGUUCACGUGAUCAACCAGACAAACACCUGGGUGGAACUGUCGUGGAAUAAUCCUAAGGACCGAGCCAACUGUGUUAGCAAAUGGAGGAUCACAUACACUAAGACAGACAACAAGCUCCAGAUGCUCAUGACCCACACACCAGAUCUCCUAGGCGACAAUUUUGCCACCAUAUAUGAUCUGGUGGGCUGUACCAACUACACCUUCCAAGUGUCAGCAGUGUCAGCCAAGGAUGUCCAGGGCAGCACCAGGACGACUUACGCCUCUACAGAAGACGCUGACCCAACACCAGUGGUGUCAUUAACAGCUACUGCUGUUGACACCAACACUGUGUCAGCCCAGUGGACACCUUCAGUCAUGGAGGAGUGUGUAGAUCACUACCACGUGUGUAUAACCGAUGUUGAUGACCUCUCCAAGAACUGCUAUGACACCACCGACCAUAUGAAGAGUUUCAAGAACCUUGCAGCUUGUGGGCAGUAUGAGAUAACAGUGAAGUCUGUGUCUCCCUCAGGAAGGUUGGGCGGCUUCAUUUAUGACAUGGCAAAAACAGAAGACCUCCCCACCAGUCCACCUACUGAUCUGGAAGUGUCAAAUGUUAGGCCACAUUCUGCCGUGGCCUCCUUCAGCCCACCCCUGGAGAAUCCACACUGUGUCCACGAGUACAAAGCUAAUAUUAUACAACUUGAAGAUGUGUCCAAUUUAAAGCAUGCAGAGUUAGCGACUAGUCAGUCGCUGGUGCAGACCCUGGCAGGCCUUGAUGCCUGCACUAACUAUGGGCUGUGGAUAAGUGCUGUUACACUCUCUGGCUACACAAGUAAACAAGUCAACCAGAAUUUUACCACUGGUGAGGAGAAGCCCUCGGCCCCUCGGGCACUGAGCUACACUGAAAUAGCACAGGAUUACAUAUCGCUACAAUGGUUUAUGCCACAGGACAAUGCACUUUGUGCUGAGGAAUACAGACUAAAUUGGACCAGUAGUACUGACAGUGGUCACCAAGAUUUCACCUUACCUAACCACCCAGUGGAGGUCUCGGUCAAGGUGAUCAACCUGUCAAGCUGUACGUCCUACACCUUCACAGUGUUAGCAGUAACUCCUCUGGGAGUUGAGGGGCAAACUGCUUCUCUCACAGUUUCUACUGCCUGCUAGGGAAUUCUCUCCUGACAAUCAUGACCUACACCCCUAUUGGAGAACCUGUGAACUUCUUAUGUCAGUGCUACACUAGUGCUGGAAACUUUAUACAGUAUUGUACUGUUUUACAGCAGUGAUGAAAAGCCCAUCAUGUCUUACACAAGUUUUGACCACCUUGCAAGUUCUCGCUCCAGGGAUGGAACACUUUGGCCUCUAAUUCUUCACAAGGGCUUAGAACACAAGAGAAUACUACAUAAAUUUGACUUAGAUCAUUACAUUUAUUAGGUUUUAUUUUAAAUAAAGGGCUAAUGUGGAAAACAACUGGCUGAUGUAUGAUUGGACUAUUGCACAUGCUGUCUAAGUGACUCGAGUAGAGUUUCAAGGUAAUGGGAAGUAAAAUGCUGAGGAAAAAGUCUGGCACACAAUUUCCAAACUAUUUGGCUAAAUGUAAUAAAGAUUUUUAUAAAU